AUGAUGACAGCGAUGAGCCUGGCGCAUAGGGCUCUGGUUUCAUUCUACCUCGCUAUCUUGCUUCCCCAUGCAAUAGGAGCAGUCAAAGGAGGCCAGAAUACCGGCGAAAAGAGGAGAACGAGGAGGAAAACACAAAACCUCAAUCUCCACAUUGACGAUCACGUCAUCAAUUACGCCAAGCAAGAUGAAGCUGUGCGAAAUAUGGUGAAAUGGUCCAUUGAGCAAGGAGGCUAUAUUCAUCCAAAUGUCGAGAUACGACGAUGGGAUCCUUCCGAUCCUAGUAGUUAUUUCGGUGCCUUUGUCAAUGGUCCUGUAAAAGAAGAUGAACUGCUAAUAAAAAUUCCGGGAUCCAUCAAGAUUCAGCUUGACGAUUCCUAUAGAUCAGGUACUGAUCUCACUUACGCCGAUGUCGUAUGUGAACUAGCGUGGACGUUGAAACGGGAAUAUGAACUCGGGGAAGACAGCAACUAUGCUCCUUACAUUGAAUAUAUCGAGACACAAUCGAAACAUCAAAUACCGGCUAUGUGGACCGAUGUAGGCAAGCACUUGAUCACAAAAGUGCAAGGUGACCUAUCGAUGAUGGACUUCGACACAGAGAGUAUAUCUGGAAUACAUAUGCAUGAUUGGAUUGAUGACUACUUUGGUGGAGAGUUUUGCUUGAUCGACACAGAGAGUGGGGAAGAAAUGGAAGAAUGGUAUGUUGCUAUGGCAACACAAAGAGGUUAUGACUAUUGUCUGAUUCCAGUCUAUGAUAUGCUUAAUCAUCACAAUGGGAUUGUUAACAGCAUAACUCGGCCGUCCAUUUAUGACAAGGAUGGUUUUGGCGUUUAUGCCUUGCAAGACUUGAAUGCUGGGGAAGAACUGCUGUACUCUUACCAUAACUGCCCGGACUGUAAGGCUUGCCCAACCUGUGAAACGAGUCUGGACUACUGGGGAACGCCCGAAAUGAUUCGAGAUUUUGGCUUUGUCGAACCAUAUCCACAACGUUUUUAUUAUAAGGACAGGGGCCCCGUCUACCUUAAAAUCGACGAAACACCACGUGGAUUUGCGAUAAGCAAUGAAGGAGGGGAAUGGCCCGAGAUUGAAUGGAUCGAAUCUGAGAUUGUGCGACUGGAACGCUUGUACGAGCAGGACAUUCAUCCUCUGAGGAAUGUGUUGCCGCUGCAUGAGCUCGAAACAAUUGUCCAUUAUCACGAGUCGCUAUUGCAGUUGUUUAUGGCCUACUACGAGGCUCAUUUGGCGGAAAACCAUGAACUGGAUAGCGAGGAUAAUGAAAGCGAGAGCGAAGAUGAAGAAUCCUCAGACGACGAAGACGAUGUCCUCCAAAAGUUCGUCAAUGCCGAGAAAGAAGAAGAAGCAGAAGAUGCCGAUGAAUUUAGUACAGAAUUGUGA